AUUCCUGGUUAGGCUUUAGGGUUUCUUUUUUUGCAGGAGCAGAUCACUGGUAGGGUUUAAGGAUUUUUCCGAUAUUCUGGAGCUUGUCCAGGCGCAGCUCAGCCAUGGGGUUUUGGGCGAUUGAACUUAAACCAGGAAAACCAUACGUCCUUGAAUUAGCCGGAGAUGGGGAAAGACUCCAUCUUUCGCAGGCUACAUUGGGUGCUGGUUCAUCUGAUAAAAAGACCAUAGUUCAGUGUUCCCUUGAAGGCAAGAAACCAAUAUAUUUGUGCUCUCUAUUGCCUGAAAAACUUGAGACUUGCCCUCUGAAUAUUGAAUUUGAUGAUGAGGAUGAGGUCACCUUCUCAGUUAAAGGCAAUCACUAUGUUCACCUCUCUGGUUUCUUUUUGAGUGAAUGUGAAGAUUGUGAUGAAGAGGCAUAUGGGUCUGAUGCAUAUGAGGAUGACUGUGUUGAAAGUGACAGUGGUGGAGAUGAUUCUUUUUAUGAUUCUGGGGAGGAUGGAUUUGAAGAUAGUGAUCUCGAUAUGUACCCAUCUUCACCAGUCCCGAACAGUGGAGUUAGAAUUGAGGAAAUCGUAGAGGAUAAGAAUCUCACUAAUGAGAAUGAUGCAUCCCAGGGGCCAAAAAAGAAGAAAACCCGCUUUCCUGAAAGCCAAGAAAACACUGAUCAACAGAUAGUUGUGAAGAGCAAUAACAGUGUUCCUACGGUUGAAUGUGAAGAUGAAGAUG